AGACGGGAUGUGGAAGAGUGCUGUCUACCUCUAACUACCUCCAUUCCUAACACAUGGCAUUUCUUUAUUUUUGCAGGGUCAGUUGGGCUCUACUUCCCCCAGAAUCAGUACAAGGAGACUGUGUACGUCGGGCAGUCUGCAGGGACACCCGUGCUCCAGGUCCACGCCAUGGUGGAGAGUGACUCUCAACGGCCCCACUUCUACCUGUGCUACCUGAGGCCUCCACCCUAUGCUCCGUGGUUCCACCUGGACGAGACCACAGGGAUACUCUCCAUGAAUAAGACCCUGGAGUGGAGCGACUUUGACUCUGCAUGUGAGUUUAACAGAGACAGAAGGUUGUGCAUAUGUAUUAUUUUCCCAUUGUUUAUGGAAUAUGUUAUGAAGUUGACCGUGCAAUCUAUUUACUUGAACACAACACUCCAAUAUCUUUACAAUAUACGGUUAUAUUUAACAUUGUAAAAUGUGUGGGGGGAAGUGAUUCAAGUUGCUCAGCUUUCACGCUUUGUGCAUACUAAUAACGUUGAGCUUCAAGGUGAUACAUCAUGUUCAGGGAUCUGCUUUCAGAAUCUGGUUCUAACCAUUGGUUCCAACGAUGAACUUAGCAUUAAGAUGCUUUUGGGAAACUGGAGCCCAGGACAGUAAUGUAAUUGCAUAGAAGCCCAGAAAGUGCCCAGUCAUCAAGAAAUAAAUGCACUGUGGGAGAUUUAAAUGGGGCCCUGUGUUACUCUUUUGGUUCUCUUGCUGAUCAGAUAAGUUUUGGAAGCUGCCGCUGAGUGUCAUUGCAGCGACCAGACCAUUGAAGAAGUUCCUCUGUGGCCUCAGCCACCCCACCGUACAGGUCAGCCUGACCUUCAUCAAUGACACAGCGCCACCGUGUGGCCAGACCAGACCAGAGCUGAAGAAACUGUGCUUCCCUGACAAAGACCUGCACUCCCACAUUAAGGAGAACAGGUUCCCCGGGGCCCUCCGCCAGCUCAGACAGCUCACCAGGCUUAACGUCUGCCCCAACUACACCAUCUCCUACAGUGUAGAAUCCGGUGAGGCUUGCUACACUCGCCCCACCCACACUGUCUCUGUGCAUCAUAUUAUGAGAAACAUGAAACACUUUGCAUGUCUCUACACUGGCGUACCACACACCCCCGCAGCCCCCCCUGGAGGUUGCCUCCAUAGAAUUAGGAAUUAGAAUACUAGAAUGGACAUGAACCUUCUUAUGAUGGGAUAAAGGUCAGCCAUUUUGAUCAGGGAAUUGGUCUACCAUGGUUCGCCAGUGCUGUGAUAAGAUGUUCUAUAAAAUAAUUAAUUUGAAUAAUUUAUCAGGGUCCAGUUUGUCAGCUAGCUAGCCAGCCAGUUUUAGAGGAAUGAUUCCAUACAUUUUUCAAAUUAACUGCCAAUAUGCCAACAUUCCAUUCAAACAAUGCAGUCAAUCUACAACUAUACACUGGCUGAAAUCAAUAGAUGAUAGGACUUAGACAAGUUGCAAAUGCAACAAGUACUGACAUUGUAUCAUAUAAAGAAAACAAAAAAGUAUUGGGACAGUGACACAUUUUAUGUUGUUUUGGCUCUGUACUCCUACACUUUGGAUUUGAAAUGAUACAAUGACUAUGAGGUUAAAGUGCAGACUGACAGCUUUAAUUUGAGGGUAUUUCCAUUAUAUCGGGUGAACCGUUAGUAUUUGGUCCCAUAUUCCUAGUUUGCAAUGAUUACAUCAAGCUUGUGACUCUACAAACUUGUUGGAUGCAUUUGCUGUUUGUUUUGGUUGUGUUUCAGACUAUUUUGGGUCCAACAGAAAUGUAUGGUAAAUAAUAUGUUGUCAUUUUAUUGUAAAUAAGAAUAUAAUAUGUUUCUAAACACUUCUACAUUAAUGUGGAUGCUACCAUGAUUACGGACAAAUGUCCAGCUAUCAUACCCCACAAAAAUUAUAACCUCCCCUGUUGGUGUAAUGGUGAAAGAUUUGCAUGUCUUGGGGGUAUGAUAUUUGUGCAACUCUCACUCAUCAUUAUUUACGAUUCAUUCAGGACUAUCUGUAAUCAUGGUAGCAUCCACAUUAAUAAAUAAGUGUUUAGAAACAUAUUAUAUUCUUAUUUACAAUAAAAGUGACUCCAAAAUGACACAAAAUGAUCCAAGGUGCUGGAGUGCAGAGCUGAAAUAACAACAAAUGUGUCACUGUCCCAAUACUUUUGGAGCUUACUGUAUAUAUAUAUAUAUACAGUAUACAGAAAAUGUGUACAAAACCCAUAUAGAAAGCAUUUAUGAUUAUAUGACAAUAUUUUAGGUUGACAAUAAUUCUAUUGCACAAUUUCUGAUAUAUAUAACAUGCCUUUGUUUAAUUUUCCUGCAUAAGUAAAAUCAGGAUUAUGCCUCUGCCAUUCAUUCCAAUUAGCUGUAAAACUGCAACAUGUUCUCUUAGCUUUAUUGCAAAAUGUGUAGAAUAGCAUGUGAUUAGCUAUAAAACUGCAAAUGUUCCUCUCUCCCCCAUGGCAAAAUGUGUAGAAUAGCAGGAAAUGUCCUUUAAAAAUGCAUAAUUCUCUCAGCCUCAUUGCAAAAUGUGUAGAAUAGCAUGAGAUUAGAUAUAAACUAUACAUUAUUCUCUUUGCCUCAAGGCAGAAUGUGUAGAAUUGCCACUGGGUCUUUACUAACCUUGGUGGGUUACCCCAUGUUCCCACUCUUAUAGAAUGCAUGAUAUUAACCUCAAUCUUCUUUUCGAUUUUCUUUCUCAUUGCUGCUCCAGUAGUCUGGCAACAUGAGACUAACAUGACAUGUUGUUUACAUCUCCUCUUCAUGUUCCAUUUGGCGCUAGAUGUUCCAGCCCCAUUCGCUGUGAAUGACACCACCACUGAGUUGGUAGUGACAGCUCCAUUGGACCGCGAGGAGAGGGAGACGUACAGUCCCAUUCUGGUUUGCACAGUGCAGACUGACACGAUGAUAGACAAGUUUUUUGUUACACUACAUAUCAACGUCUACGACGAGGACGACAAUGCACCGUAUGUCAGUGGAACAGACACAGAGGACGUGGUACUAGAUUUUGAUCGCAUGCAGGUGACUUUACAUUACUUUUACUACCAUACUGUAUAUCAGUUUAUUGCUAUAAAUGUAUCAUUGAUACCACUGUUGUUCUUGUUGUGUGUUUCUCAGGGAAGUUCUUUUGGCAACUUGGUUGUCUAUGAUAGAGACACAACACCCAGGUAUCCCAAAUCCCAGAGUCAGAAUAGAUUUGUCGGAAAUAUGAUGACCAAUGACUCAUGGAUAAAUGAAAUGUUCACCAUAGAAUACUCUUUCAAAGAAGAGAAGGCCAUUUUUGGCAACGUCCGAGGCACUGUUCAUGAGUUCCGUGAGUAGUCCAGAUGAGUUCCACAAUCACUCUAAGGGCUGGUUUCCCGGACACAGAGUAAGCCUAGUCGCUUUCCAGUCUAGGACUAGAGUUAAUAUGUGUCCGGGAAACCAGCCUGUUAACUUCUACAAAAUAUUUUGAUCGAUUCAUUAAAUAAACUAACUGCCCCCCCCCCCCCCCCCCCCCCCCCCCUUCCUUUUGUGUGGCAUAUAGGGCUUGCACUGAAGAAGAAUUUGUCUGUAACCGAGAAUAGGACACUCCAGCUGGAUUACCUGGUUAAUGACACUACAUACCCCGGUCCAGAGGGAACUGUGAUGCUGCACUACAAUAUCACCAUCUUACCUGUCCCCAUCCACUUCACCAAUGUGACAUACCUCUUCACCCUAACAUGUAGAGCUAAUGUCUACGCCCAGGUACCUAGUGUUCACAUGCAGCCCUCUUCGCUUGAGAAGAUGGAUCCUGCUUAUGAAAUGCUUAUGAAGCAGACAACUCUUUUAAGAUAAUAGUAUUCCUCUGUGGAGGAAUAAUGUGAUGAAAAUGCCAUUAAAGCAGUCUGUGAGGUUACUUGGUUGAUAUUUCACAGGUUAGCUCAUCAUGGACCUAUUUUCCCCCCAGUAGGCCAUACUGUGUGUAAGAUCAUGUGUCAAUCCGAUUAUAACUGUAGCAUUUUCCCUGUAUGAUUUAUGUUCCUUCUCUUUUCAGGUUGGUAGGAUUUGUGUGGACAACUGCCUGAAGUUCCAGGGCAUCAAUGUCACAUACCGGCUAGCGGUAGCAGAGAAGACAGAUAAGAAUGUGUCCGCCGACAUACAGUCAUGCUACGCUGCGAUUAGCAUUGCACAGAGCCUCAAGGACAUGGCGGGGGUGUUAUAUGUGAACGACACAGAGGCGCUUCACAGGCCAGAGUGCCAGGACCUGCAGUACGUGGUUAUUGCUCAAGAGCAACAGAAUCUGCUGCAGGCUAGCGCUCAGAUCCUCAUUGUGCUCGAUGGCAAUAGUAAGUACUCUCCUGAGAUAAUUAGUUAAUUCCCAGCAAUACUCCAGACUGAUGCUGAUUUGGCCACAGAGAUUAUCAAUGAAUGAGAUGUAUGGCAUCCAUAUUUGGAAGUCGUCAGUUCUGUCUGACUUCCUAAUAUGGAUGCCCUAGUGUUGCCCCUUUUUCAAGGCUCAUGCCUCAUUGUUAGAGACCUUAGUACUAGUGUAGUAGAGACAUUUAAAAUUAUGUUAACUCUAUCCAUGUCCAAGACUCUAUCCAUUGCUUUGUCCAUGUCCAAGACUCUAUCCAUAGCUUUGUCCAUGUCCAAGACUCUAUCCAUAGCUUUGUCCAUGUCCAAGACUCUAUCCAUAGCUUUGUCCAUGUCCAAGACUCUAUCCAUAGCUUUGUCCAUGUCCAAGACUCUAUCCAUAGCUUUGUCCAUGUCCAAAACUCUAUCCAUAGCUUCGUCCAUGUCCAAGACUCUAUCCAUAGCUUUGUCCACGUCCAUAGCUUUGUGUUGUCUUCAUAAAGUUUGUGUUUGUGUUGUGUAGUUGAUAAGCAGGGCCUAGAGGACCAGCGGUUCCUCUCCUGUGCAAAGGGGAGACAGCGUAGGGACUGUGAGAACAUCAGAGGCCUGGGGGCAACCACAGGGAGGUGCCAAUGGAGACAGGGCUCUGCAAAAGGUACCCACACUCUACAUAAUUAGGGGUAUUUCAUUGGCACAGGAAAUGAUGCUAUUAUAUUUUUCCUCUAUCUUUCAGGAAUAUCAGAAAGUUAUUCCACCUGCUCCCCUGACCUCCGCACAUGCCCUGAUGGUUUUUGUGAUGCAGUUGAAAGCAAAGACGUGUCAAUAUGUCCUCAGGAUUGUACAAGUGAGAAAUGUCUAAAUCUUUUACUGCCAUUUAAAUUUGGCUACCGUAUUGAUGUUCUUUAUUUUUUGACAGUAUUUCAAGAGCUUUAUUUUAUUGUUGAAUUCAAUAGAUGUAUAUGUCUUUGUGUCUCUCAGCUGAACCCGUUAUAGGAGGUCAUGAGAAAGGCAUUGUGUCUGGCAUCAGAGCAGGUCAUGGAACCUGCUAUUGUUACUCUGAAAAAUGCUUCUGUGAGAAGGAUGAUAUAGAGGGUGAGUUGUUUCAUUUAAAAUCCCUUUUUGUUCUACGUGUAUUGACCCAUAUACCCCCCGCAUAGGUCAUGAAACAGCAUGAUACUGUAUGUCAAUCAAAGGUGAAAUUACAUUUAGCCUUUGUUAUCAGAGGAUGGUUUCCAUGGUGUUUUUUUGUUGACCACUGACUCCUUCUGCCAUGUCUGAUCCAGAGGCCAUGUGUGACGAGGUCUGCAAGACCAUCAUUGCCACCUGCCGUGCUGCUCUCCUUCAUCGUCUCCAUCCUCCUGUCCUCCUACUUCAUCCAUCGUUACCACAAGAACUCCCCCAAGCCCCCCAUCACCUCGGCUGAGAUGACCUUCCGGCGGCCCGCACAGUCCUACCCCAUCAGCUACUCCGCUAACAACAUGCGCCGUGGCUCGUUGGACUCCAUGGAGAACCAUGUAGCCAUUGACACCUUCAAAAUACCUGUAAGGCCUUAGCUAAUACGAUGUUUGCCAAAUUCCUGAAACUUUCCCUAAAUUCCCAGGUUUUCCUGAAUAUGUUUGGAAAGUUUCCAGAAUUUAGCAAACCUAGCUAUACUAAAUUGCCUUUUAAAUGAUCAUGAGACCUGCAAAUAUAUGUUGUAUUAAUAGAGACGUUUUUAAAAUGCGUUGCUUAAUUGUUUUAACAGGAGGAUCCCAAAUGGGAAUUUCCACGCAAAAACCUGGUGCUGGGCAAAACCUUAGGAGAAGGGGAGUUUGGGAAGGUUGUCAAGGCAACUGCAUUCCGGCUGAAAGGAAAGGCUGGUUACACCACAGUAGCUGUGAAAAUGCUUAAAGGUAAGACUAACCGGACAAAGAGCACACAAUAGGAAUAAUUAUUGUAAGACUCAUGCAGUGAGUGAGUCCCUAGAUGUCUGUAUACUGAAUACACAGUGGAAGUAGAUUUUUAUGAUGUGACAUUUGGCCAGAUAUAAGGUGCAGGCAGUUCUGCCACCCUAGGCGAGACAAAACAUUUUUUGACGCCCCCUCCUAUUCCCACAAAGUAGAAUAGUAGCCUAUACAGUGUCCGCCCGCAAUUACAUUUCAUGAAUGCCCAUCCACAGGGGUGCAACUUUGGUUUUAGAAGUGGGGGGGACAUCAUUAUUAUAUAUAUAUAUAUUUUUUAUCCUAUCGGAUAAACACUCCAAACAGCCUACCCGACCGCUCGGAGGCGUCCGCAUGGUCCUAAAGCACACCGCGGCCUUGUUUUGUAUCACAUUCCAAUGAUAAAACUGGGGAGGACAAAAAUGCAAUUUCAGAAUGUCUCCCCUCGUCCCCAGUGAACGUUGCGCCCCUGCCCAUCCAUAUGGUACCGUUUGUCAGUCCUGAUUCCUGACAAAGACCUAAGACUGAUCACUUUGGCUACUCAAACUCUGAAUAUAAGUUACCCAAGUUUAUUAAAUUCCGCCCUUGUCAAUCUGCCGUCCUAAUCAUUCCUAAUGGGCGGGCCUGAUAAGGUGAUGUAUUUUAUGAAAGUAUUUCAUGAAUCUCUCUUUUAUUUUGCAACAGACCACGCCUCACAUAGUGAACUGCGUGACCUCCUGUCAGAAUUCACCUUACUGAAGCAAGUCAACCAUCCACACGUCAUCAAGAUGUACGGAGCUUGCAGCCAGGAUGGUAAGGCUUCAUACCCAUCCACUCCGACCACCAUUUGAGGGUAUCAAUGUUACUGUACCUUCACCAAUGGAGAUGUGUGAUACAUGAGAAUCUUGUCUUCAGAUCUUGUCCUUUAUGGUAGCAGUGCCUCAGAUACCCUGUCUGAUCAAAUUAUGCUUAAAGUCAUCAUGAGGUUGUGGUAUAAUAAAUUGUGGACCCACUUGAUCAUAUUACUGAAAACGUGAUGUCCUUGCAAUGCUUAACCUUCCGGUGUUAUACCUGGUAUAUGUGAUGAAUAUUUCAUUAAAUACUGCCAGAUACUCUAAGCCUAAGUGUGUGUUUCUUUCCAUCUAGGUCCAAUGUACCUGAUUGUAGAAUAUGCCAAAUAUGGGUCACUGCGCAACUUCCUACGUGAGAGCCGAAAGGUGGGACCCAGCUACAUGUCGGGCAACGAUGCCAACCGCAACUCGAGCUACCUGGAGAACCCAGAUGAGAGGGCACUCACCAUGGGCGACCUGAUCUCCUUCACCUGGCAGAUCUCCAGGGGCAUGCAGUACCUGGCUGAAAUGAAGGUGCCUGUAUAGCAAUUAUCACUUUCAAAAUAUUCACCAUGUGGCGAAUCCUAACUUCCACUUAAGUCAAAUUUCACUUAGUCUCCCGUUGACGUCAAUGCAUGACUCAGUGAAAAUUUGACUGAAGUGGAAGUAAGGAUUUGCCUUUAUUAUACAGUUACCUCCAAAAUUAUUGGCACCCUUGAUAAAUACUGUAUGAGCCAAAAAGACUAAGUAAAGUAAAUAAUACAAAUACUAAGCUAUAUUGUAUGCUCUAAAAACGUGGAAAAGUAUAUUAUUUUAUACUAAUACAAUUGUUUAGAGAAAGAGAUUUUGUUUUACAAGUAAUAAUUGUUUAUCUCAAAAUUAUUGGCACCCCUAAAAAUUCUGAUCUAUAAAAUCAAACAAAAUUAUACCCCCAAGACAUGCUAACCUCUCACCAUUACCAAUUACAACGGAGAUUAGCAUGUCUUGGGGUUAUGAUUUUUGUGUCUCUGUAAAUUUCUCGCUCAUAAUUAUUCACGAUUCAUUUAGGAUUAUCCGUAAUCAUGGUAGCAUCCACAUUAAUGUAGAAGUGUUUAGAAACAUUUUAUUGUUAUUUACAAUAAAAGUGACUCCAAAAUGACACAAUACAUUAUUUACUAUUCGUUUCUAUUGGACAGAAAAUAAUCAAACACAACUAAAACACACUGCUUGUUGUAGUCAUUGAGCGCUAGGAAUAUGGGACCAAAUAUUACAUUUUGUUUGAUUUUAUUGAUAAGAAUCUUCCCAGCUAACAACAAAUGUUCCCACAACUUUAGAGAAUGUUCCCUUAAGAGUCUCAUUACGUCAUUACCUAAUGUUUUCAUAGGAAUAUUCCAGUCAUGUGACUGUUUCCAAGAGCCCAUUCCCUUAACCCUUUACACUAGUAGGAAUAGGUUUAUAUGGAUAGGGCAAAAUUCUUAUGUUUCUAUGAAAUGCAUAAGCAUGGUAGCAAUUGAAAGGGAACAGUUUGGAGAUUAUUGGAAAAUGAUUAGACCAAAGUUGAGGACACAACAGCUCACCUGACAUAAGACUGAAUCCAAACAUUACACUGUUGAUUGUAUGUGCAUUUUACAUUUACUGUACUUUUCGCCCCGUUUGUUGAUAACGAAAUCUGAAAAUACUCUGGAUACAUACAGUAACAUGAUUAGAAUAUUCCUGGAAAAUGUGGGGUAGGUGCAACAUAAGACAAAUAAAUGACAAGGGUUUGAGUGAGAGGACUAACUGGUGUCUCCAUGUGGCCAUGCACCUCCCCAAAGUAUGCACAGUUCCUAAGUAAUGCACUUUCAUGACUCAAAGAAGUCUUCAACUAUAAGGUGCUUUUUUGAGCUCUCCUAGCUGUGCCGUUGAGGAUCUAGAGCAAGAACACAAUUACUGUUUUCACAAUCCAAAAACGGCCCAUUAUAAAUCGCAAUCUGGGUCAGGUGGGCAUAAUUUGAAAGCUGUUCUAUUGCCAAUACGAUCUUACAGUGUUAGGCUUUCACAAGGCAAUUCAGAGAAACAGAUCGUAAUUUUGGUGGGCAAAGAAAGGAGUCAUGAGUGCAUUCAGGUGCAUGUUCUGCGGCCAAUUUUCUUCACACUAGACAAACAUAGGCUCCUUCUGUUCAGGACAACACAGGGUAUGACGCCAUGUCAUCUUGUAACUGUACAUCAAACAUAAUGAUCAUAAAUGUUGACACUGUAUAUGACAUGAGUGUUAUAAUAUGGAAAUGUGAAGUGCACAUUUUGUAUCACUGGUGUUUGGCUUGCUUGUAUGACAUCAAAGCAGUAUUUAUUAUAAUCCUCAACGUCUCAUCUUUCAAAAUACAUCGAGUCCUCUUAAUUUACAGCAUUUCCCUCACUCAGACAACAAAAAAUUAACAAAGGUUGCCCAAUUAGUGGGAGGGAUGGGGGCAACUUCUUGUCGCGUGCGGUGCUCAAGUUCAGAACGUCUGUCAGUCAAAACCCAGACAGUGCUGUGAAGCGCAGAGCAUGAGCACUGACUUCAUUUAUAGCAUGUUACUGUACAACUACUGCGUUCCAAUUUAGGUGCAUAUCAGUGCCCAAUUCGGCCAUUUUCAACCCAUAUACAGGUACGAAUGUAUAGGCCUACUGUCAAACAGAACUUACCCAGAACGUGGUGACAAUGUUCUCCGAAAAUUCAAUAUUACUGCUCGGAACGUUGCAAAGAUAUACCCGUGUCCAGUUUUCUGAGGGUUAGGAGAAUAUUCCAUCAACGUCACACCAAACAUACACAGAACAUGGUUGCUAUGUUCUCAGAAUAUAAGAUAUUAACGUUCUAGACAUGUUUUAUGGGAACGUUGCAUGAACAGUCCUGUGUCCAAUGAUGUUUAAAACAUAGGACGUUGUGUCAUGGUCCCCUGGAGGUUUUUGGUCUAGUUCCCAGCUUGUUCCGGGGGCGUCCCUAAAGCCUGAAGGUCCCAAAGAAAUGUCCCCCCCCCAAAAAAAGAUGUAUUACUUUACACAUCACCCCUUCAUACUGUUGUCGAGCCCAUCAAGGCCCUGAUUGGUGAACCACUGAUCCAUUCAGAGCUAUUUGCCUGUUGGCAAGGUUAGGAAUACUCAAACACACAAAAAGUGUUUUAAAUUAUGUUAAAUAUAUUUGACACACUUUGACAUACAUGAUUACAUUGUGCAUGUUCAUUUAUACAGUCAUUAUUAUUCAACAUGUCUUCACCUGGGAUUUGAACUUAACCUCUUGGGUCAUGGCAUUCUGAUCUUCCUGUUCUGGGUAAAGUUCUGGUUAAUGUUCUCCUAAACAUGCUAAAGAUAAAAGAAAUAUUACUAGUUAAAAACAAAAGCAUUUUCUGCAUUAGUAUAAAAUAAUAUACUUUUUUAUUUUGGGGAAGCAUGCAAAACAGCUCAGUAUCUUUUUUACAUAAUUUUUUACUCAAUUCAUCAAGGGUGGCAAUAAUUUCGGCUCCCACUGUAUGUAUGAAUUCCAUGCUAAACCUAGCUCAUGGUCAAUGUGACUCAGUGUUUUGUAAAGAAAGGAGCUCAACCUGACUAUAAACUAUAAGAAGCUUGAUUGACUUUUGUCCUCCAAUAGCUUGUUCACAGGGACCUCGCUGCAAGAAAUGUCCUAGUUGCGGAGGGGCGUAAGAUGAAGAUUUCAGACUUUGGUUUGUCCCGGGACGUGUAUGAGGAAGACUCUUAUGUGAAGAGGAGCAAGGUAGGGUACCCAAAUGUCAAAUACCCAAGUACUUUUUAAAAUUAUAUCACAAAAUCAUAUCGUUUUCUGAAAUUGUCAAUUAUUAUGUUAUCGAUUGUAAUAAGGAUUUCUUAACAUAAUGUCCAUUCUCUUACUUUUUGGCUUCUCUUUUCAGGGCCGAAUCCCAGUGAAAUGGAUGGCAAUAGAGUCCUUGUUUGAUCACAUUUACACAACACAAAGUGACGUGUGAGUACCUUGCACAAUCAACUUAAAACACCUGUUAUACAUAUCCAUAAUCAACUAUGUUUGCGUGAUAAAAAAUCUACUAAAUUGCGCAACUGAAUGUAUUCAACCGAAAUGUGUCUUCUGAAUCAGAGAGGUGCUGGGGGCUACCUUAAUUAACAUUGUUGGCACCCAGGGAGCAGUUGUUGGGGGUUAACUGACUUACUCAAGGGCAGAACGGCAGAUUUUUCCACCUUGCCGGCUCAGCGAUUCCAACCAGCGACCUUUCAGUUACUGGCCCAACGUCCUUAACUGCUAGGCUACCUACCGCCUCGGAUAAACCAUACAGCAAAACAUCAGAAUCACUGUUUCAUCCAUGCAUUAGGUGGUGGUGCUAUUAAUGCGGUGUUCUCUGUCUCCUGCCAGCUGGUCCUUUGGUGUGCUGUUGUGGGAAAUUGUGACACUGGGUGGAAACCCGUACCCAGGCAUCGCCCCUGAACGCCUAUUUAACCUCCUCAAGACUGGCUACAGGAUGGAGAAACCAGAGAACUGCACUGAGGAAAUGUACGUUUGCCACUUUACUUUACCCCAGCUUCAUUGUAACCACAGUAAAACUCACUCUUACUCUAUUACAUUGUGAUGGUAAUGACAUCCAUGACAUGACAAACCAGCAGCAAACCCACACUUAUUCAUUCUAAUGUUGUAAUGAUCUAUUCUAAAUUGUAGGUAAACCAUCCCAUUGGUUUAUUUUCACGGUGAAUCGUGUGUUAUGUUGCUUCUAACCAUUAGGUGUUGUAUGAAUGUGUUUCUGCAGGUAUAAUCUGAUGCUUCGAUGCUGGAAACAGGAGUCAAACAAAAGGCCCAUAUUCGCAGAUAUCAGCAAAGAACUGGAGAAGAUGAUGGUGAAAAACCGGGUAGGAUCAAGCAAAACAACCAACACUCUUUCUCUGUCUAAUGUGGUCGUUACACUGUUCACUGGUAGUUACAGUAUGCAAUGUCAUAAAUGGAGUAAACAGCAAAUGGCCAGUCUCAUGUCCAGCAAUAAGUAUAACCAAUGUCUGGUGACCAUCCCCAAAAUAUGGCCCUGGGCAACAUUUGCAAAACGUAUAAUUACAAUAGAUAGCAGUUAGUCUUGUGUUGAGGUAAAGAGGCAAAAUAUAGUGCAAUUUUUUAGGAUGCCAAAUACAGUGCAAAAAUGUGAAGGAUAUGUUUAGGAUUUGAAACAGAGUACUUUUAAAACGUUUUAUCUCACACAUAAGUAGGAAAUGUAUUGCUCUAAUAUAUUCUGUUUCCUAUCAAGUGUUUGUCAUUAGACGUCUUAUGCCAGUUGGCUACGAUCAUAACUAUAUGGGAGGUUAAGUUAGGUCAUAACUGCAUGGUAGGAAAUGACUGUAUUAUGACUGUAUUAGCAGUAUGCUCCACCUUCCUGUCAUUAGUGAUUAGCCUAAUCAGGUGUUCCUCUCCUGUUGUCAGGAUUACCUGGACCUGGCAGCGUCUACGCCAGCCGACACCCUACUGUACGACGACGCCCUCUCCGAAGAGGACACACCCCUAGUGGACUGUAAUAACGCCCCUCUCCCUCGAACCAUUCCCUCCACAUGGAUUGAAAACAAGCUCUAUGGUAGAAUUUCCCAUGCAUUUACUCGAUUUUAGAGACAGGACACAUAAGCUCUCUAAUUGACAUGUUGUGAUUGUCUUCCUAUAGACCGUGUGUGACUGUGAUCUAGGCAUGCUUCCAGAAAAUGUCUCCCAUUUCUUAGAAAAUGAGAGUCAGUGGAAAAGGAGGAUCUUGUGUCUGAUGAUUACUAUUUGGACCUGCUUCCGAUGUACAUGAAAUAUAGACACAUCUGUAAAUAGUAAACAUUUCCAUAAUUCCCUUAUAUGACAUAUUGUAAUCAACAUUCAAUCCUACAUAUUGAUGUUAUAUUAGGACACAUACAUUUUGGACAACAUAAAAAAAAUUCUAAACACAUUCCAACACCCACAUUUGUAAUUAAUUUGGAAAAUACUGUUAAAAAACAGUUUAACAUUUGAAACAGGUCCUUGCUGAAUCAAUCAUUAUCUAUUACAUUUGGAUUCCAAACUGUCUUAAGUUAUCUGAAUUGUUUGUGUGUAUAUAGGCUACCUAUUAAGCACAGAGUAAGCAUACAGUAAGGCUUUUGAAUUAAACCUUUGGCUAACAUUGAUAAACAAUACUUUGUAAAAGUAUUUUCAUAAGAAAUUCCCAAACAAAUCCUACAGAUUCUAAGCACUUCCAGUUGAUAGUUCAUAAAAGUAUUUAGCAAUAAGAUGGCUGCCAGUGACUUAGUUACCAUAAACAGACUGUGACUUGGUGUCCAUGGUGUCCUGUUACAGUGAUGCAAUUAUUGUAUCUGCUUUAUAUUGACAACAAUUAUCAAUGGUGCAUAAGCCAAGGAUAACAUUUAGAGAUCAUGACAUACAUUACCAAUAAUGUACCAAUAAUUGUUGUGUUAUUUUUCUUUGAAUCUUAUUUAAUCAAUCCAGUAUAUUUUUUUUGGUUAAACUGUACAGGAACUAUGGACACCAUUAUUGUCUGUGAAGUGAUUUCUACAUAGAAUUCUAAAUGUAUAGCCUUCUCAUGUUCCUAUGUCAAACAUCUGUCUAUAAUUCACUUCUGAAAAAUUUCUUCUCUCAAAAAUGUAAGGGAGCCUUACUGUCUGCACUCAACUUUUUCUUUACUCAGUGCAGAAAAAUGAUAUGUUCUCGUUUUUAGGCAUGUCAUACCCGAACUGGCCUGAGAAGAGCCCGGUACUGCUCAACAGACUUGAUGCCACUAACCCAGUCUUUACAAGAUAUGCCAAUGAUAGUGUUUAUGCAAACUGGAUGGCUUUGCCUUCACCCGCAAAAAUUGUGGACAAGCUUGAUAGUUAAAAGCAAAAACCAUUGUGGAAAAUAAAGAUUCGUAAUUGGGUAGAUGUGUAUAUUUAUAUAAAAACUGUACAUAAACAAUCUAAAGUUGGUUCCCUUUUAUUUCUGUUGCACGGGUAUUCCACGUUGAAACUGGGGGAUUUAAAAAGUGUAUUUGCUGAAAAAUGGCUGGAAUUACAUAGACCAUGUUUCAAGCAGCUCUUCGGUAUGUUAAUCAUAACCUCAAAGUCAUGUUGGUCAAGUUGUAUCAUUGCAUGACUGUGUACCAGGUUGUAUGUCAAUGUUAAUUUCUUUCAAGUGCCUGUGCCGCUUCUACGAUAGCCUCCAAUUAGUAAAUCUGUAAAGAUGUUGUUUCCAGCCCAUAAUUAAAGGGGACUUCUUUAGCAUCACCUGUCCUAUAUUGUAGACCUGUGAGGUUAAGAUGGACAAAGAGUGGACACUGAGUUCAUCCAGAAAAACUGCAGAGUUUCUACUUGAUAUGAUCAUGUUCUUUGAAAUGUAAAAGCCACUUUUGUCUUUCCACUUUAACGUUUCCAAGUAUACUUGCCAAAGAAAAUAAGAGAACCGUGUUUAGUUUAAUAUAUUCUUUCUUUUACACAAAAAAUAUCAAAUAGUUAGUGCUACUGUGUUGUUAGGACAUGAGACUAUAAAUGUAGAAUGUGGGCAUGUUCUGUGUCAAAACUGCAGCUCACCAUUUGAUUCCUCCUAAUGGCAAUCUUUGUGCAACAAUUAGCUAUGAUUUUGAAAACAAAUGAGUGUUAUUAAUUGUUAUUUCAUUAUUACAUGAUUAUGUUGCAAUCAAUAAAAAGUUAAAAUAUGUGCGAUCUAGUUAUAUGAUAGCCUCCCCCUUCUCUCUUUCUUUCAUCAGAUGUAAUAAUGGAAAAAUAAUGGAAGCUUACAUUGUGA